AUGGCUGGUGCGAUGGUCUCGAAAAGGAGUACAAGACUGUUCCUCGAAGACGAAGGCGGCCACCCAGAAGAAGAUCCCGCCUACCGCCCGGCAAGGCGCAAUUCCAAGCAAGAAGACUGUAUUCCCCUCGAGCUGGCCGACAAGUACCAGGCCAGAAGCCCGUCACGACGAGGCUCACGCGAGUCUGCGACCACUCCCGACUCUGCGGUCGACGUCUCUGUCCAGAAGCAAAUAAUCAUGGUUGUGGAAGACGAGAAACCCAAGGCAGUCGCCCCUGCGGAGAAGAGUCCGGCGCGGUUCGACGAUGCACUCACAACAGUUGCCGACCAGCUUAAGGCGCCCCUGGCCUCGCCGAUUUUUCCGAGUAUAGAGCGAAUCUUGCCCAUCGACGGGAGACCCAUCAACUUUGGCGUCGUUGUCCCUGGUGUUUACCGCAGUAGCUAUCCCAAGCCCGAGGAUUUCGGCUUUAUUCGGAAUCUUGGCUUGAAGUCCAUUGUCACCCUUGUUCAGAAGGAUGGUGUAGAUGAGCCUUACACGGCCUUCAUGUCUGGCAACGGCAUCCGUCACCAUGUGUUCAACAUGAAGGGCACAAAGAAGGAGGCCAUCCCCAUCCGGACAAUGAAGGCCAUUCUGAGGCUGGUCCUGAACCGCGAACACCACCCGCUACUCAUUCACUGCAACCACGGCAAGCAUCGCACUGGAUGUGUUGUUGGCGUGGUCCGCAAGGUUACAGGGUGGGAGCUCAGUCCCAUUGUGGAUGAGUACAGGAGCUACGCCGAGCCCAAGAUCAGAGACUGCGACAUCAAGUAUCUCACCGACUUUGACCUUUCGGAUUUGUCAAACCUGUUCGUCCACGAUGCCAAGGUGCGGUUUCGUAUUCGGCACUUUGUCCGGGUGACCCUAUUCAGCAUCUUUGUCAUAUUUGUGUGGCUGCUGUCCGGUCAUAGAAUGCAGGCAACUGCCAAACGAGUCAAAGACGUGAGAUGA